UUAUGGCAGAAUUUACAGCUCCACACGAGAAGCCAGAAAAAAAUACUAACAGAACGUCGAGAUUUAAAAAAGGGCACAGUGCGCAUAUCUGGCGCGCAUAUGGAACUUACUGCGACAAGAAACGAUCCUAUUUGCAGCCAAGAACUAACAGCCCACUUUACUAAUGAGGUCCAAGCCAGGCAUCAAAGAAGAGUGACCAGCCCUCACCAACAGUGCUCAUCACUGGUAGAGAAGCACAGACCUAGUCUCCCCCGUCCCUCACAGGACUGAGUCCUGUUUCCCACAUUUUCUGCACAAGUUUGUCCUCAAGAUCAUUUAAAACUGUUUCUCCAACGCUUCUACCAAAAACUGUUUUCCAAAGCGGAAUCGGCCCAGCCCUCCCAAGAGGAAACUAUGGGGAGUGUGAGAGGCCACCGUUACAGCAUUGUGUCCUCUGAGGAAGAUGGCAUGAAGCUAGCGAAUAUUGCCAUGCCCAAUGGCUACGGCAAUGGCAACGUCAACAAGGGGCAUACGCAGCACCAACAUCAGAGCCGCUUCGUCAGGAAGGAUGGUCACUGCAAUGUGCAGUUUAUCAAUAUGAGCGAGAAAGGCCAGCGUUACCUGGCAGAUAUCUUUACCACCUGCGUGGACAUUCGCUGGCGCUGGAUGCUGGUCAUAUUCUGCCUUUCUUUCCUGCUGUCAUGGCUGUUUUUUGGCUUUGUCUUUUGGUUGGUGGCUCUCUCUUAUGGGGACUUGGAGAAUGAGACUCAGAUGUGUGUUUCCAACGUGGACAGUUUUACUGCUGCUUUUUUGUUCUCAGUGGAGACACAAACCACAAUUGGUUACGGUUAUCGCUAUGUGACGGAGGAAUGCCCUGUUGCUGUUUUUAUGGUCGUCUUCCAAAGCAUCGUAGGCUGCAUCAUUGAUGCUUUUAUCAUCGGUGCCGUCAUGGCCAAGAUGGCAAAGCCCAAAAAGAGGAAUGAGACGUUGGUGUUCAGUCACUAUGCUACAGUGGCCAUGAGGGACGGCAAGCUUUGCCUGAUGUGGCGGGUGGGAAACCUGAGGAAGAGUCACCUGGUGGAGGCCCACGUAAGGGCCCAACUCCUCAAGUCCCGUACCACUGCCGAGGGAGAGUUCAUCCCUCUGGAUCAGGUAGACAUUGACGUAGGCUUUGACAGUGGCAUUGACAGAAUUUUCUUGGUUUCUCCAAUUACCAUUGUUCAUGAAAUUGAUGAGGACAGCCCAUUUUAUGAGCUGAGCAAGCAGGAGUUGGAAACGUCAGAGUUUGAGAUUGUGGUGAUCCUCGAGGGCAUGGUCGAGGCCACAGCCAUGACUACUCAGUGUCGGAGCUCCUAUAUUGCCAGCGAGAUCCUCUGGGGCCACCGCUUUGAGCCAGUGCUCUUUGAAGAAAAGAACUACUAUAAAGUAGACUAUUCUCGCUUUGACAACACCUAUGAGGUGCCCAGCACGCCCAGCUGUAGUGCCAGGGAACUGGCUGAGAAGAAGUCCACUGCCUCUAGCUCGAGGAACUCCUUUUGUUAUGAGAAUGAAGUGGCUCUUGAAAAAGUUGAAAUGGAGGAGGAGUUUGAGGAGGAAGAAAACAUGGUAAUGAGGGGUGUUGAGGUUUGCGCACUUGAGGACAGAAACACAGAUGAGGUGUUAGACUCUGAAUGCAAUCUUGACUCUUUGCCUUUAGAGUCAAGGCCUUUGACAGCAGAAUCAGAAAUAUGAACCCAAGUUAAAAACUGUCACAGGGUACGUGAAGCUUCGUAUGACUUGGGUCUCGAUUGCUGUGUAUGAAAAUACAGGGCAAAUAAACCCUGCAAUUUGAGUAUGAACUUCUCAGUAUGCAGAAGCUCUCACAUGAAACAACACGUACAGACAAAUGUGUUGUGUAUGGUGAAAGUGGUGAGAGAUUGAGUGGUUGCAUGGUGCCAGAGGAAUAAAAUGGGAUAGAUGCCUUCGCUAAUACACACUGUGCAGUUUGUUUCCGUGCACAAUGCAGAAUAUUUUCCACAGUAAAACAUUUGACUAGAAUAGUCAGUUCAUUUAAUGACUAAAUUUGCCUAUAUAAUUAAUUGCAUAUUCGUAGUUUGCACUUUUCGAUGUGGUUCAUCUAUGGUGUAAUACCUCAUCCUUGUGGAAUAAAUGUCACAAGGUGUGAUUAGCUAGACUAAUUUUAUAUA